AUGAGCUGGUAUCGGCUACAGACUUUGGACUCGAUCAAAAUUGCACUCGGUAAUGUCUUCGGACAUAUGAAAAAGAUAAGAGCUACUAAAUAUCCGGUCCAACGUGCUUUACGGUUUAUUGAAGCGAUUUCUCGUGAUAUGAACGGCCAAAUACUAAAGGUACUCGGUACUCGUCGUCUAAUGCAUAUCUCUAUUGUGGAAUUUGAUCAGCUUAUGAUGCAAUGUAUUCAACUGUUUAAUAAAUGGGAUGAUGAAUAUGACAGAUUCAUCGCUCUUUUGCGUGACAUUUCAAAGAAGAAACGUGAUGAACCUGUGAAACUGAUGUGGAAGGUGAUGCCUCUGCACAAGAAACUCGAAGGACGUCUCGUACAAAUAAAGGCAUUCAGAAAGCAGCACGAACAACUUCGAGUGGUUAUUGCUCGCGUCCUUCGUCCUGCUGGAACGCCAUCAACAGAGUCUCAGCCCGAAACUCAACCCCAUGGAGGCGAAUUGACCCCUGUAGACCAGGUCAACCUUGCAUACGAGUUUGUGAAAGAAGUGGAUUGCUUGGAUGUGAGCAUUGAAGGCACCACUGCCUGGGAUGCUGCCCAGCGUAGGUACGAAGAGCAGAUCGCCCGGGUUGAAACUGCGAUUACAUCGAGGCUCAGGGACCAACUAGGCUCGGCUCGAAAUGCAAACGAAAUGUUCAGCAUCUUCAGCCGUUUCAAUGCGCUGUUCUGUCGCCCACAAAUUCUUGGAGCAGUUCGCGAAUAUCAAACUCAACUUAUUCAGAGAGUGAAAGAGGAUAUAGAGAGAUUACAGGCCAAGUUCACGAAACACUACGCUGAAAAACGUGGCGAAAUUCUGACGCCGACGUUCGAUAUCCCGCCUGUGUCGGCAAACAUCAUUUGGAUUCGUCAAAUUGAAAGGCAGCUAACACUGUACAUGCAAAGAGUUGCUUCAGUUCUAGGUACAGGAUGGGAAAACCACGUCGAAGCUCGCCAACUCAAAUCGGAGGCAGAUAACUUCCGAAAAGUGCUCGACACGCAGCCGCUGUUCGAGAACUGGGUGGAGCAAGGUUCUUGCGAAGGGAACCAAUAUGCCGGGACGUGUUUUCGUGAUUGA